AAUAACUUCAUAUCAGCAUGACGUCAUUAAUAAGCAAUAUGUGACUAUCUUCAGGUUAUUGCAAUCUCGUGACUUGUUAUUGAACAUAAAAUAAUGAAUAAAAUCAGUUUCUAUAAACGAUUUACCGACACUAUAUAAAUUGCAAGUAAUUUAAUACGUACAAAGGUGGUACCUUAUUUUAAAGUAAUUAAUAUAGCCAUGGCCGAUCGUACAAAUAUUAAAGAAAUGAUUCCAGCACUUCCAGACGAAAAUAUUGAUAUGCUUGCUGCAACUAGUAUUUUACAACAACAAGCUGCUGACAUUAGAAGUCAACGCAUUAAUUGGCAAUCUUAUCUUCAGUCUCAAAUGAUAUCUAAGGAAGAUUAUGAUUUUAUUAUUGCUUUUGAUACUAAUGAUUCUAGUACAAGAGAAGCUAAACUGAAAGAAAAUCCUGGACAAGCGGCUAAAACUUUUCUUAAUUUAUUAGGUCAUGUUUCAAAAGAUCAAACUAUUCAAUAUAUACUUACUAUGAUUGAUGACAUGCUGCAGGAAAAUCGUAGUCGUGUCGAGAUUUUUCGUGAACAUUCAACACGAAAGAGAGAGUCAGUAUGGGGUCCUUUCUUGAAUCUAUUAAAUAGACAAGAUGGUUUUAUCAUGAAUAUGACUUCUAGAAUAAUUGCUAAAUUAGCAUGUUGGAGCCAUGAUCUUAUGGAAAAAACUGAUCUUCAAUUUUAUCUUACUUGGCUAAAAGAUCAACUUAAGUUAAGCAAUAAUGAAUAUAUUCAAUCAGUUGCAAGGUGUCUGCAAAUGAUGCUUCGCAUUGAUGAAUAUCGUUUUGCUUUUGUCUCAGUUGAUGGAAUAUCAACUCUCUUAAGUGUUUUAUCUGGCAGAGUAAAUUUUCAAGUUCAAUAUCAAUUAAUAUUUUGCUUAUGGGUGCUUACUUUUAAUCCUCUGCUUGCUGAAAAAAUGAAUAAAUUUAAUGUCAUUCCUAUUCUAGCUGAUAUAUUGAGUGACUCAGUAAAAGAAAAGGUAACAAGAAUUAUUCUUGCAGUAUUUCGAAAUUUGAUUGAGAAAGUUGAAGAUUCACAGGUUGCAAAGGAACACUGCAUUGCUAUGGUUCAAUGUAAAGUUUUAAAACAGCUAUCGAUUCUGAGUCAACGAAAAUUUGAUGACGAAGAUUUAACUGAUGAUAUUGAAUUUUUAAACGAUAAGUUACAAGCAUCCGUUCAAGAUUUGAGUUCUUUUGAUGAGUAUGCAACAGAAGUAAAAUCUGGCCGUCUUGAGUGGUCACCUGUACAUAAGUCUGGAAAAUUCUGGCGAGAAAAUUCAAGUCGGUUGAACGAAAAAAAUUAUGAACUUCUUCGAAUUUUAGUUCAUUUGUUAGAAACUAGUAAGGAUCCUUUGGUUUUAAGCGUUGCGUGUUUUGAUGUUGGGGAAUAUGUACGACAUUAUCCAAGAGGAAAACACAUUAUCGAACAAUUAGGAGGUAAGCAAAGAGUGAUGCAGUUAUUGAGUCAUGAAGAUCCUAAUGUCAGAUAUGAAGCUCUUUUGGCUGUUCAAAAAUUAAUGGUGCAUAACUGGGAGUACCUAGGGAAGCAACUAGAAAAAGAACAAACCGGUACAAGUGGAGCAUCUGGAACUAAACCCGGAACUCAAGUGCCUGCAAAGGCUUAAAUAUUCAAACAGAUAUGACCUGAACAAUUGGUCUUAUUUCAUAUUAAGUAUAAUGUUGAACAUGAAUUAAUAUAUCUGAUAACCACGUUUUAA